AUAAAGUUCAGCUAAAAGUUUACAAGUUUCAUUGACUUCACGCGUUGCGGAGAGCGUUUUCCGGACAGAUUUGCUGCAAUUUUAUCGCUUUGUAUUUGUUCUUAAGAGCUCUGAUGGCAAUGAGCUACGGCACGUGACGGGGAGAUUAUGAAAGGUAUAGUUCCUUCGUAAUCACGAAGAAUGUUGUGUUCCCCAGUGUCGCUUCCUGUUUGGUGUUUUCUGGAAUAAUGUCGCCUUUUUGUGCAUUGCGGCAAACACGGUUGUGUUGAGUUGUAGGAGCUGCGGUUCAAGAUGCGGUGUAAGGCGAAACAUACUUUUACAUUCUAGCUGUGCAAGCGCGUGAAGAAAGGAAAGGAAAUAAACCGGAUCACAUUUCCUUCUUCCGGUCACGGGCGUAGCGGAAGUAUAGGCGGAAAAAAGGGACAGCUUCGAAUAAAAACACGCCCGAAAGCAGCAUAUCCACUGAAGGGAAGGCUAUGUGCCGCUAGGCAUUCAUUGAGUUGGAACGCGAGAGUGCAGGACAGCGACAUAGCGAGUCACACAAAAACAUUAAAGCAGACGAAAACGGAACAGUCAAAGGAGAGGAAGUAAAGAACCGAACCAGCAGGCGGCAGGUGUCAAAGCCAAAACACAGUGAAAACCAAGAAAGAAAACGGGAAACUGCGCGCGAUACAGACAGCUAGAGAAAUGUCGACCGUGUGCGUGCGUGCGGAAGGAAGGCACGAUCUCCACCGCCUGGCAAGAUAAACAAAUCCACCCAGCGAAGAAACGAAGUACAGACAGUAGGCGUUGGAGCGCGCACUCAACACCAGAAUAUUUUAUUGCUCCGCGCUCCAAUACACGAGCCCUAACGGCACAGCAAGACCACCAACUCCCCCACGGUGCACACGUGUGGGAUAGGAAACGGUGGCGGUAAAAAUAGCGAAUAUAGCUCUCCAAAACUUGCGAGUGCCUGUGCGAGUCUGACAUAUUUUGGGAAGCGGUCUUCAGUACACGGCAAGCUCUCUGCGACAUAGUAAUUCGGUUACAUCCAGCCAAGAACGAACCAGCAUAAGAAAGUGUUUGGCAACCGAAAGUGCUACACAUAUCUAGUGCAACAUGCCACGCAACGGAGAAGCAUCAUCCGGAUUGGAUAAAGGGCUCAGCAGCUCGAAAACGGCCCCAGAAUGGCUGCAUCCAGAUCAUGUCAUCAUGAACGAAGGUGUUACGUUCGACGUGCGGUACAUUGGAUGUUUGGAGAUAAAAGCUUCCAUGAAAAAACUCGACUUUCCUACACGAUCGCAGGUGGCAAAAGAAUGCAUUAACCGGGUGUGCGAAGCGGCCAGCCUGAAAAGCUCCAAAAAGCGACGGGUUGAUAAGCGAGUUCUGCAAUGUAUAUCCGAUACGCCCGAUAUGGAGCAUGCCGGAACUAACGUGACGCUAACGGUUUCUAGCAAAUAUCUUUCGCUGGUAAAUGUGGACACGGGAGACAUCAUCGCCAAGCAUGAUAUGCCGAGAAUAUCGUUCGCUUCCGGUGGUGACACGGAUACACUCGAUUUCGUGGCAUACGUAGCGAAAGAUCUAAACGAAUGGAGAGCUUGCUAUGUGCUGGAGUGUGGUGGCAGUCUAACGCAAGAUUUAAUCGCAACGGUUGGUCAAGCGUUCGAGCUGCGGUACAAAGAAUUUUUCAAGCAGCCUGAAACUCAAAACAAAUUCCGCGAACUGACGCGCUCGGACAAAGAGUACUAUAACGACCUGCCGGACAAGAUGCCGCCGGAUCUGUUGACGGAGAAUGAUCAUCAUUCGACGUCUCAGUCGCACAGUUCCUCCAACGUAAAGCAAACACGAGAACGGAUACCAAGCAAUUUGAUUGACCUGAACACACCGUUACCGUGUCACGAUUAUGUGAAUGAUAAGCAUGCAAAUGCCUCUAACAACACGCACAGCAAUAAGUCAAUAUCUUCCACCUCGAUCGUAAAAGAUGUAUUUGAUAUGCAACCGUUUACUAUCUCGUCUGAGAUCCAAAAGUCCCAGCUGCUUACCGAAUCAUGGUAUCACGGUAGCAUUAGCAGGGCACAGUCGGAACAUCUUCUAAAAAAUGAUGGUGAUUUUCUUGUGCGCGAGUCGGCCGGUACGCAAGGCCAGUACGUAUUGACCGGCAUGCAGAACAAUUCUCCGAAGCACCUGCUGCUUAUAGAUCCGGAAGGAAUCGUACGAACCAAAGAUCGAGUCUUCGAUAGUAUUAGUCAUCUUAUCAAUUUUCACUGGACAAACUCUCUGCCGAUCAUUUCCGCGGAAAGUGCACUAUUACUCCGGCAUCCGAUCUUACGGACGACCGAUUUACUGUCGAAGGCAAAAAUGGCUCACCUAAAUUUGCAGUAGUGUAGCUUAGAGGCGGGGGACACGUUGGGCAACAGUCGAUUGUUAAGCGAAAGUCGAUAACAUACAACGCAAACAAAAGGUAAGCAGGCAGCAGCAAGCAGCCGUCUGCUUCCGAAAAAGAAGUUAACCAAUCAGUAGAAGGAAAUACUACGAAUAGGAACGGAACCACUUUCAAACGGUGAGUUUGGUAAUAGUGGUAUAGAAUCAAAAUGGAUCUAUUUAGUUAAUGCAAACUCAAAUGCGAACUUGAUCUACUUUUUCGUGUUAAGUUGCGUAAUGAUUUUAGCAUAUCUAUGUUAUGUUAUAUCCGCAGAGCAGGCGGCGUAAUAUUACCAAAAAGAAAACGAAAAUCAAGAAGUUAUUCAGAUUCAUAUGGUUUGAGCAACGGCUAACGAUACGUUGACCCCAGAUUGCAUUAGGCGAUUGUUCUCGAAUGGUAGAUAUAAGAUUUAAAGUGAAUAUAAAGUGAGUUAGCACGUCUAUAUAUAUACACACAACUACAAAUAUAUUCACAUACACAAAAAAUGGCACGCAGCGAGAAACAUUCACUGCAUUUGUUAUGCAAAAGAAGGGUUCCGAUUCUGAGAGUGAGUGAAUCAAUCUCUUUCCCUUACAACUCAACUUCUGACUAUAUGAAUAUAGCAAGAGUUUGGGCGAUACUGAACGUAUUUUUGCUACGCAGGAUUAAAAACAAACACACAAACAUCUCCUGGUAAUAACCAAAAACUGUAUGAUAAUCCCUUAGUUCGGAAAGUUUAUUAGCGGGUGCUAAGAGAAGGGAGUAGUAUGCUAAAACGAAAGGGUAUAGAAAAUUGCCAUGAAUAGGAAGACUAGGACAUUGUUUGUGGGGGAACCGUGGGGGAAGAGAAUGAGAAGAAUCCUCAAGCAUAUUCUAACUGUUAGAAGAAGAAGGUAACAUGGAAGCGAGCAAGGAAACAAAACAAGCACAUAACAAACGAAAAGUGUGAUCAAAACGUUAUAUUAAACAUGUAUUGCACUCUUAGUCAGUGGCAAAAGCAGGCCAAAUGAGAUAUUCUGAUUGUAGUUUGUAGACAAACGAAAGCAAACAAUCCCCAGAGAGCGCGUAUGAUAAAGGCGAGAGAGAUUGUAUGCACGCAAAGUUUGGACGGUUGUCAGCGCUUCGUUCAGCGAGUGCGAGAUAAGGAACACGAUGCAACAAUGCGAUUUAUCAACCUCUUAUGCACGUGCAACAAAUUUACACAAAACAAGUAUCUUGUAUUACAUACGUGCAUAUAUAUUUAUGUAUAUUGAGCUGAUGACAUUGCUCUACUAAUGAAGGCCGGUUGGGGAGAAAAGAAAUUAACAACAGUCAUAUAAUAUUAAGCACAGGAAAAAGUAAUACUUCAAUUCAAUAGGUCACGGUUUAUCUUGUUGAUCCGUUUCGUUGCAUUGGAAUCCCAGGAAUUCCAGAUGUAUUUAUUUUUCGACUGAUUUUAUACAUUCUGUGGAAUAUUUUUGUGCUUUGGGUGCACAUUGCAUUGUAACUGAUUAUAACAAUUCCGAUUUGCGUCCGUACUUAUGGCCAUCACAAGCAGUGUCAGUAUUGUAUAACUGUUUUAUAAUUGCCUUUUUACUAUGUCACAAAUAAUUGCGAGCAAAUCAAGCCCAAAGUAAGAAACUAAAUAGCAUAACGAAAUAAUAAGACAAUUUUCAAGAUGAGAGAAAUAUGUAAAAAAUUUUUGGUAUAACUCACCCUAACUCAAUAAUCGUUUAAAUAUAAAAAAAUGGAAGAUUAUUUCUAAUGAUCAUUUGGAACUAUAAGCAAGCAACAUAAACACCUCACUUAAAAGAGGGAAAUAGCGUGGUUAUUACGCAGGAAUUAUUACGUAAUUCACUGUUUGUGAAUACCCCACACUAAACAAUUCUUAAAAAGUUACACACUAACAAAACGCUCAACAUUCACAAGAUGCAUUAUAUCUUUCAACUUUCUUUCCUCGACAAAUGGGUGGAAAACUGUGACGAUAAUACAAUUUCAACAUGCAUAUUGUUUUGGCGGUACAACUUUUAUUUUUCUAC